AUGCUUCGAAUGUCUGCCCUCACUAUAGAAGAAAUCACGCCAGGUCGCUGGACCUACUCUCACCACGCUGUGGGGCGCAUUUCGGACAUUGUCGGCCACGACGAUCAAACUGCCGGUGGUGGUGGUGGCGGCAGCGAUGAGGGUGGUGGAGACGCUGCUGCUGCUGGCAAUGAUUAUGAUGUUGGUCCGGAUAAAGGUGAUAAUGGUUUAAAUGGUGUUUUUGUUGGUGGUGGUCGCGACGGCGGAGGUGGUAGGGGUCUUGCUAGUGGUGUUGUUGGUGGCCGUGAUAAUGACAGUGGUAGUAUUGGUGAUAGUUUCAGUGAGUAG